GACACAGUUGUAACAGGAAUUAUUUUUCUUACCAUUUUUACACUUUAUGGGUGCAUUUUCUCGUUGUCUUCUAUCCUUAUGCAUUUCAAUACCCUCUCUAAUUCAAAUUAAUCAUAACUCCUAUCUCUUCAUAAGCUCCAUAAAUUCGAAAAGGAGCAUUCAUGUAAAAAAAGGAGAUAUGGUGUGGUUUAGUGACCAAAGCGAGAAAGUACAAAGGUUAAGGAGCGAAUGGAAAGAUCUUUAGACAAAUUGUGAAGGAAGGACAGACCUCCAGUUUACGAUGAGAUCCUCCCGCAAAACAGAGCAAACCCUGCAUUAACCAACCUCCAUUUUCUUCGCUCAAUUUCAAUUUCUCAACCCUAAUUCCCACAUUCAAAAUCGAUUCUUUUUCUGUAAUCUGUUUUGCCCUUUUCUUUUUGUUAUCUGUUUUUCGUUCUCGGGGGUGGAUUUUGCAGGUUAAAUCCAGAUGGGAAAAGCCUCUUCUUCUCGCAAGAAGGAGCGUUCCAAGACUUCUUCAUCCCAGAGAAGUAGGAGAAAGAGUAAGAGUAGUAGGAAAUUGAAGUCCAAGAAGCAGCGGUAUCGCCACGAUUCUCCCUCUUGCUCUGACACUGAUUUUGAAAGUUCAACUUCAGUGCCUUCUUCUAGCUCGGAGGAUGACAAAAAAGUGAGAAGAUCUCGAUCCAAGACGCGGAAGAAUGUGAAGCCUAGUAAAAAGAGAUUCAAAAAGCAAUCUCAUGAUCGUCAAAGUAGGGAAUGCUCUCCUAAUCCCAGAAAGAGGAAGCAUUCAAAGAGAAAUGACCGACGUGAGGUGAAUAAGGCCAACAAAAAGAAGCGUAGAAGAGAUGUGAGCGUUGGUCAUAGUGACUCUUUGAGCUGCUCAACUUGUGGAAAUGGGACUACAACCAGCAAUGAGAGUGAAGUUGUUAGGCGUAGGGGCAGGUUUGCAAAGAGGAAAGGAAAUAUGCGAAAGACCGGAAGUGGUAGAUACAUGUCGAAGAGUCGUUCACCAUGCUCUUUACAUAGUGAAGGUAGUGAUUAUCAGAAUGAGGUUGAUGAUGACAGUUAUGUUGAAAAGAACUUUAGACGACUAAGAUCCAUAAUUGUUGUAGUAGGGGAGGAAAAUAAAUUAAAGACGUUUGUUGGGAAUGAACAACAAGAAGAAGUCACUAAUCAGCUUAGUGAUGACCACCCUUCUUCUGGAGAGAUGGAUAGUAAGGAUGCGACGGGUAAAAGAGGAUUAGACUAUGUUGUAACAAAAGAGGCACUGGUAGUAGAAAAUGAAAAGGAAGUGGAUGUGCCUAACUAUAGGAACUCUAUGGUUGUAAAGGAUGGUGGAGUUCAAAAUGAAGGUAGCAACAAAAACCAUGGAGGAGUAACUAAUGAUCAUUCUUCAGAUGAAAUAAAGAAUGGAUGUUCUGAUAAUACUGACAGCAUAAAUUGUAUUGAUUUAGAGUCAAUGUUACGGCAGAGAGCUUUGGAAAACCUUAGAAAGUUUAAAGGGGCUUCCCCAAGGAAUGUGGAAACUAUUGCUAAUUGCAAAGUUGACCAUAAUAAUGCUGCUAAGCAAUUGCGUUCUCCUGUCUCUGACUCAGUUCAUGUGACAUCUCCUAAGAAUAAUGCUGAGAUAAAUAGCAAACGGUUCUCUAGACAGGGUGGAGGGAAUGCGAUAAAUUCAAUGAUACUUAAGGAGAAUGGUGUUAAAUCUAUGGAUGCAAUAGAUUCAGCAGUUGCAACUAUGCAUGAUCCUGUCUAUUCUUCACAGAAUCUGGGUAAGAUUUCCAAUGGAAGCAAUGGUAUGAAUGAACAGAAGCAGGAUAUCUCUUCAUUAGACCAGGAGGUUAUAAAUGAUAAUAUUUGCCAGAAGGCAGAUGCAGAUAUUUGUUCUACAACUAACAGAAGCAAUUUGGUUAUUGCAGCUUUGAGGCCUGAGCCAAAAGUUGAUUCUCUUAUAAAGCAGACAUCUGCUGCUCAGGAAUCUGUCCAAACAAAGCCAUCCAUAUCUGACGUUGGUGUAGGCGAGACUGCUCAAACUCAGACCCAAAUGAGGAAUAACGAUGAUCUAAAUAUUCGUAAUGGUUUAGGUUCUUCAGCUUACGAGCCUUCUUCUUCCCUUAAUUCUAUUUCAGGAGAAGAUAGCUUGAAUAUGUCCAAUCAAGAGAGUGGAGAAAGCUCACAGUUUGAACAGAAAACCAUGUCUGUGAUGCGGGGUGGUGAAAUGGUGCAGGUGAACUACAAGGUUUACAUUCCAAAGAGAGCUCCCGCUUUGACUAGGAGGCAACUCAAGCGGUAACAUUUUUGCAGCCAUAUAGGAAGAUCCUGUUGCUUGCCAUUGAAAAGAUUGUAAAGUUCUGGAAGUGAUUGAUCAUUCACUUUCUAUGCCAAGGAUCUAUAGUCCUUAAAAUAUGAACAAUAAUUAGUGCGGUCAAUUGUUAAUAUUUGUCUCUUGACAUUUCCAUCACAAUGUUCCAAAUGAUUUUUUGAUCAAAGGGGAUUCCCUCGUGUUUACAAA